UUGGAGCCUGAGCCAGUCCAUGCAGAGUUCAGAUUGGUAGGCGCUUCGAUUCAGCCACGAUGCAGUAUAAAAAUUAAGUCGGUGGAAUAAUGCCAGUAUCUCUCGCUCUCGCUCGUCUCUUAUCGAAAAAGGAAUGUCUUACACUUCCCCGCUCGUAAAUCCACAGCCGUUCAUCACCAAGAUCAAAGGCCUUUCUGACGAAGGGAUCACCAUUGACAAAGGCGUUGAUCGUGGCAAACGAGAUGCUGCAGAAUUCGCCAGCAAAUAUAGCGCCAAUUUCCAAUUUGUUUCCGAGCUUCAAACCAGCACAGAGCAAUUUAGCACUCGCUGGGUCAGUACUUUGCAGCAAACCCGAGAUGCUGCUUCUUCUAUUUCAGCUUGGUACCAAAGAUUUAUCGAAGUCUUCCUCUCAUUGAUAGACAUGAUCGGGAGUGAGGGUGAUGUAAAGGAAGUUAUCGCAGAGUUGAAACGCAUCCCUCAACGAAAUACCAGCUAGAUACCACUCCGGGUGUGAAAAACGCCUUUAACGAAAUCGAGGCGCUCGCGUGUGUAGAAAGCAAACAUGUCAUCGACGUCCUCCAAACUGCCAAGGCUAGUGACUUUAGUAAGACCAUUGAGGUGAAAUACAUACGUUAUCUUCAGUUUCAUGACAAGUUAACUGAUUGAAAUGUUUCAGGGCCUCAAGAAAGAGGUCGCUCUGGUGAAACUUGGGGCUGCGCACAUCCGACAGGCCUUGAAUAGUUACGCAACGAAGCUCGAGUAGUUUGAUCCCGUCGUCUACAAAGGAACAAAAGAAUUUGGAACCAUGUAUCAAUCAUGUAUCUUGUUAACACAUUUCACAUACUUUCAGAUGAGUUCAUGAUGAGAAUUUUUGAUGCAGCAAAUAAACAAAAACCCAAAACAGGAGAACGACGGCGGGAAAGAAAGGCAGGUGGUUGCCUCCAAGUUAUUGGCAUCUGUUGAAAACAACAGUGAGGUCGAACAGACCCCGAUUAUAUUGUACAUCAGUGACGAGCCUUGAUAAGAUGCAAGAAAAUAUCUGAAAGGAAGGUGCUGUUUAAGAUAGGGAAGCUUGAAACUGUGGUAUUGUUAGACACAUGAGAAAGU